AUCGCCGGUACUCUAGCCUCGCUGUCUACUUAUAUUCACACACACUAACACUACCACCGACCGCGGGGAAACAUGAUGCACACCCUCGCGACGGUAGCAACAGUGCUUGUCGCGCUGCUGGCGGUGUCGGCACAGCAGUACCAGCAACCGGAUCCUAAUUACGCCGACGAUUACGCCCAGUAUGACACGCAACGACCUAGCCAGCCGACCCCACGUAGCUACGCGAGCAACGAAGUGCCGGCUCGUCAAUCGGCUGCUGCGAAUCCGAAGCCAACCCCAGUGGCGAUCCUGAAGCAAAUCAAUCGCCACAACGAGGACGGCUCGUACACGUACGGUUUCGAGGGCGCGGACGGCUCCUUCAAGAUCGAGACCAAAUUGCCGACCGGCGACGUCAAGGGCAAAUACGGCUUUGUCGACGACACCGGGAAGGUCCGCAUAGUCGAGUAUGGCGCCAAUCAAUACGGCUUCCAGCCGGCCGGUGAUGGCAUCACCGUCGCUCCGCCGACCUUGAUCGACGAGACCACCAGCAAGGAGGCUCUCGAGGCGCAGGCUUAUCAGGAGUAUCAGGAGCAACAGCGACGGCAGCAGCAGCAGCAACAGGCAGCCGCGCGUCCAGCUUAUCAACCACCACCACCGACCCAAUCGCACACCCAGGCCGUCUACGCUCCGGCGCAAGUAGCUCCGAGCAGACCGGCUCUACCUAAACCACCCAUCUUCACCCCAGCUGCACCCCAGACGCCGCGACAGUCCCAGCUGGUGCAGCAGAGUCCGAUCUACGACGAGCCCGCGCCGCCCUCGCAGCUCUAUAAUCAGGGACCAGCGCAGUUCGCGGUGCCGAACCAGGAACGUCGUAGUCAGCCGCAGCCUUCCAACGGCGGCAACGGCAUCCUGGACCAGCUCGCCAGGGACUACGCUUUGCCUCAGGGAGUCGCACCACCGCUGCACGACAUCAGCUUCGGCGUUUACUAGUCCUCUACUCCUUUUUUGUCUGUCGGAGAUGGAAGAGUCCGGGAUCGAUCGCAAGAAAAUUUGUACCGUU